AUGUUCUCUUCUCCUGCCUAUAAAAAGGAAACGUACUCUCUUUGCCUCAGUCAUAUCAUCACCAACCCUAUAUUCACUUCUUCCUCUUUUCUUUCUUUCCAAGCCAUGGCCGGCCACGACGUCGCCGGCAAGCCAACACCCACGACCAACCCGAUGAACUCCGACGAGUUCCGGCGGCAAGGUCACAUGUUCAUAGACUUCAUCGCCGACUACUACGCCAACAUAGAGCAGUACCCCGUCACCAGCAAAGUCAAGCCCGGCUACCUCCGUGAUCUCCUCCCGCCGUCCGCUCCUUUCGAAGCGGAACCCAUCGAGGAAAUCAUGAGAGACAUUCAAAACCACAUCAUUCCAGGGAUCACGCACUGGCAGCACCCUUCUCACUUCGCCUACUUCGCCUGCACCGCCAGCACGGCCGGGAUUCUCGGCGAGCUGCUCGCCGCCGGGCUGAACGCGCAGGCUUUCGGCUGGGCAGCGUCUCCGGCCGCGACGGAGCUCGAGAUGGUCGUGAUGGACUGGUUCGGGGAGAUGCUCAAUCUCCCCAGGACCUUCCUCUUCUCCUGUGGGGCCCGCAGUCGGUCAAAUCAGGAGUUAAAAUUAGAGCCUAAACCUUCGAAGUCUGCAAAUGUCGGAGGCGGAGGCGUGAUCGUGGGGACAACCUGUGACGCGCUCAUCAUCGUGCUCGUGGCUGCCAGAGAUCGAAAGCUGGCCGAGAUCGGGAAGGACGGAAUCGGGAAGCUCGUGGUCUACUGUUCGGACCAAACCCACUGUACCUUCGAAAAAGCGGCGAAGGUCGUCGGAAUCCAGCCGGGGAACAUCCGAGCCAUCGCGACGACCAAAACGACGUCGUUCGCGCUGUCUCCGGAUUCGUUAGACUCGGCCAUCCGUUCCGACGUGGAAACGGGGAUGGUCCCGCUGUUCCUGUGCGCGACGGUGGGGACCACCUCCACGACCGCAGUGGACCCACUGGAGCCCCUCUGCCGCGUAGCGGCAGAGCACGGCGGCGGGAUGUGGGUCCACGUGGACGCGGCCUACGGUGGUGGUCCCUGCAUCUGUCCGGAGUUCCGCCACGCCCUCGACGGGGUCGAGGGCGCGGACUCGAUCAGCGUGAACGCGCACAAGUGGUUCCUCACCACGGUGGACUGCUGCUGCCUGUGGGUGAAGGACUCGGGCGCCGUUAAAAGAUCCCUCUCCACGAAUCCCGAGUACCUCAGGAACCGAGCCUCGGAUUCGGGUGACGUGGUGGACUACAAGGACUGGCAGCUGACGCUGAGCAGGAGGUUCCGGUCCCUGAAGCUGUGGCUGGUGCUACGCAGCCACGGCGUGGGGAACCUGAGGGAGUUCGUGAGGGGACACGUGGCGAUGGCGGAGGCGUUCGAGAGGCUCGUGGAAGGUGACGGGAGGUUCGAGGUCGUCGUCCCUCGACGGUUCUCGUUGGUCUGUUUCAGGAUGGUGAUGAUGACGUUAUCAGACAACGAUGACGACGGUGGUGGUAAUAAUUUGAUGAACAAGAAGUUGCUGGAGCGGAUCAACGGGUCGGGUCGGGUGUUCAUGACCCAUGCGGUGGUCGGAGGGAUUUACAUGUUGAGGUUUGCUGUUGGUGGGACCCUGACGGAGCCCCGACAUGUCGUGGAAGCUUGGAAGAUGGUUCAAGAGCAGGCCGAUGCCAUAUAUCCAGAGCAUGCUAACGGUUGUUCAGCACCAAAUGGAAUUCGGGGAGUCUCGGAUCAGAGUCAUGCAAAAUCCAAUGGCGAAAUGUCGGAUUAUUCUAGUAAUUAACUAGCUUAUUACCCGGCCCGUUGGCCGGAUUACUGUAUGUUACCCACUUGUGGAAUGGGAGAGAAAGCAAGUGAGAGUGAAGAGAUUGGGAUUCCACCUGAUUAGAACCGACCCACUAAUCCAAUUCUUCCCGACCCGCCCCAACCUACAGGGUCAGAAAGAGUCAAUAAGAAAAUACGAACGGGGAGGAUUAGUCAUAUAUCUUGAUUCUUCAGAAGUGGGUCAAACAGGAUCAAGGUUGGGUGAGGGCAAUUUUUAGCGCUAAGCAGAGUUCUGGGUUGAAUACCUUUACUUAGGCCUAGAAAUUGGUGUUGAUGCAGACUGCAGUUUUUAUUAUACCAUCAUCA